CUUGGGUAAACGCAAGGCAGCACAAAUACCUCGUAUCUCAACCCGAUUUAGCCGAGGUGGCGCUAAUAGUGUGCCAAUAUUUAUGCGCGCAAUGUCACAUUGCGCUUCAGCUUGUGAUACUGUACCCUAUCAGCUGGUCUGAUUGCACAAUUGUCUCGGCCGUUCGAUAAUCGAUGAAAAAUAAACUCGUCUACCACGCCUUUAAAUUGCCCGCAAAUUGUCCUAACAUCGUUUCAAUCUUUAUGUCACCUGGAACCAAUGUUUCAAAUUUCUUACAUACAUUAGUAUGAAAACCCCGCAUCAGAGUCCAGUGAUCAUAUGUCUUGUUACUGAUCCUUAGUGCUUGCGCAAGUCAUCUUUCCCCUCUUUUCCUGUCACUAAAUGAUUGCUCAAGUGCCGGCUUCUCACAACAUUCACCAUGGCAUCAGAUCUCACAAGUCAGCUUGAACAUGCGGCAACAUUGAUUGCAUCUCAAGAGCAAGAUGAAGAGCUCAUUCCUGACGGUCAGUUCUGCCGUAGUAAAGAUUUUCUAAAGGACGUGGAUCCGGAAACAUGCAAGUAUAUUUAUGCUGUCAUGCUUUCAGAUCGCUCUGGGAGAGCAAGGCGAUUCUCUAUGGCAAGUGAAGAAGUCUUAAUGACGAGAGGCGUCGGCAACAAUACGUCUGGCUUGAAGGAUGCCGCUAUUUUGGGCGCUCUGGCUGUUUUCAACGUUCUCAAAAGCGAGCCUAUGAGAGGGGUCGUUGUCAGCAUGUUUGGAAGAGUUCUGCGGAGACAAUGGGAGGUUGCAGCUCCAGAUAAUGAGUCUGAAGCUCUGGAUCGGGCAGUGGAAUAUCUCAGAAAGGCUGUUGAAUUUGGACCGCGGGAUCAUUCAAACCGAGCAUUGCAUCUGGAUGACCUCGGCGAUAUUCUGACACAAAGGUACAAGGCAACACACGAAGACGUCGACUUUGAGGAUGCGACUGCGGCUUUCCAUGAAGCGUUGGCAACUGAUUUCCCAGGGAAGCCGAUUUUCUAUCUUGGUUUGGCAAAGCUACAACAGGAGAGGGCCUUAUAUGAGAAGGAAAAGCAGGAAAGCUUAUUUGGUGAAAGUAUGGCUACUCUCCAGCUAGCUGAGGAUUCUGUCCCAAACCAGUUCGACUCAACGCCUUUCAGAUACACCAUUGCAGAUAUCCAUCGUGCUCGCGCCGCGUGUUUCGUUCACUUAUACGACCUGAACCAGGAUAUCGAGAACCUCAGAAAGGCUAAAGCUUCUCUCAACAGAGGCCUCGCAGUUUCUGAAGAGAAGCGUUCGAAAGAUCGUUUUAAUUGUCUCAUCAACCUGGCGUCGCUACAGCAGAAGCUGAAUGAAGAAGAGAAUGCCAGAGACCCUUCUGCAGAAAUCGGCUACCUGAGACAGGCGCUUCGGGUUCAUCCAAACUCGACAGAUGCACUGGAAGAGUUGGCGAAUGCACUGGGUGAGAGGGCUGAACAGAACAAUCACCGAGAAACGCAAAUCGAAGCAGACAAGCUUGUCGAGCGGAUGAAUGAGCUACAGAUCAUCGACCAGUCACCAAAACCACCAGCACGACUCAUCAGAGAAGCGGGUGCUCAUGAAGAGCAAUUCAGCAAAACUGGACUGCUCUCAGAAAUCGACCAGACUGUUAAGUGCUUACAAGACGCCCUCGACCAUCCAGAUUUACAAGGUCACCAACAGAUCAACUGUUACCAACAACUCGCUAUAGCACUUCUCCUCAGGUUCGAAGCUAAUGGAGACAAAGAUGAUUUACGUAACGCAUGUCAGGCAAAUCUCGAUGUCUUGCCUUUUCUCAACGACCUCGAAGACCCUAUGAAAGCUCGAUGUUUGAGAGCUUCUGGGAGGGCUGCUUUUGUGUCAGCUCAGAUUCCGGGGCAAGAGCAAUUCAUCGAUGGUGCUUUAACGGCACUUGUUGCAGCGAAAGAAUUAGCGUCACGAACAGAUCCCUUUUAUCUUACUGUUACGAAUGACAUCGGCAACGCUUACAUCGUCAAAUGCCAAUGUACCGGCGAUGUCAAGUAUCUUUCACAGGCCACUGAAGCAUAUCAGGACGGCCUUGACGUCUCAAAAGAGCAGGGAUCUUCUGCUGGUACUAUGAACAUUAUGCUGACGCAUGGCCUCGGAAACACAGCCAUGUAUCAGUUCAAGUUCUCAGGGAGGUUGGAAGAUAUCAACACAGCCAUCAAGUCUUUUGAGAAGUGUCUCGAAGCAACUGGGCCUACUGAGGUUCGAGCUGGGUCGAGGACAAGAAGCCUCAGUCACGCCCUUCAGCUCAGAUACGACGAUACCGAGGAUGUCAGAGAUGUCAUCAGAGCUGGUCAGAUGGUUGAGGAGGUUCUGGGCAGGAAUCUCAACCUCCCACCGGUCGAAAUCUCGGCAUUGCAUAAUAUGCUGGGAACAGCAUAUCUUCGCCAAUACCACCGAGAAGAAGAUCUAAGUUUUCUUGCUCAAGCUGAGAAUAACUUCAACAAGGCUCUCUCUUGUGGAUGCAUGGAUAAGUUUUACUUAUUCUCAGCGCGGGUUAAUUUGACGCGUGCGUUGCAGUACAGAGCUAAGAAGACACUCAGCCUGCGAGACCUUCGUGAUGCGCUCGUGAACUUCCAAGAGUGCAUCUCGAUGGGUGGUAUGGACGACAUUAACCGUGGAGGCCUGCUCAUCAAUCAAGCCGAACUACUCAUCGCAAUCUAUACUGUCAGUCCCGCUCCAUUGAGCACCGUCGCUGCAAACGCAUACUUGAUCAUGACGGCUCAAUUCGCAUCGGCACCAGGUAUCGCUCGUCAUGCGCUCGCGUGGAUGAAAGUCUAUGCAUCUAUGUUUGCGCAUCUGGUGGCAAAGGACUCGACAGCUGCAAGAAACUACAUCCGAGAAGCAGCUGAGGAUCUCCCUUUUGCGGUAUAUGCUUGUACCACGCGGGCUGAUCAGUUACGACAAGCGAAGAAGUUUCAAGCCGUGCCGACACUUGCUCUUUGCUUUUCGAUUGCCGCUGGAGAUCCAGUGUUCGAAGCACUUCAACUAUAUGAGAGAAGUCGAUGUGUCUUGUGGGAGGAGAUUCUCAACAAGGGCGUGGAUUCUGGCCUGGACCAGCUGAAGGAGAAGUUCCCAGAUUUGGCAAGUCGGUUCAUCGAAGCGAGGAACUCCGAGAAGGUCAGGGGCCAACGCGCGGCACGCUUCGAUCUUGAUAAGAGGUUUUUGCAGAGUCAGGCUGCUUUCAACAAGUCGACUUCGUUUCAGGAACUGAUAGCCGAGAUCCGAGCAAAGGAUGGGUUCCGGGAUUUUCUCAGGCUUCCACGCGAGGACUCGCACUUCUAUGAACUUGCUGAGUCUGGUCCAAUCGUCAUUGUCGAAACGGAACCUCUGAGUGGGGGCUACGCUCUCAUCAUUACUACCACUGACAUCCGGAAAAUCUCACUUCCCAAAUUCACUGUCGAUGACAUCAGGGAGCACAAGCAACUCUUUCGCGAAGCCAUUGAUAUGUCGAAUGACGGAGAUGGUCAGCGUGGGGAUCUUCUACAUUAUCUACUCACAUGGCUCUGGGAAGUUGUAGCAGAACCGAUUCUACUCAGCCUGGGGUACGAUGGGGCUCCUAAAGACGGAAUUUUGCCGAGAGUCUGGUGGUUGACGACGAGCAGCAUUAAUGCUUGGCCCAUUCAUGCGGCUGGAGAUCAUCGACGUGCGGUAGAGACGGGAGAGCGUUGCACGGUGCUCGAUCGAUGCGUUCCAUCCUAUACAAAUACCCUUCGAGGAUUAUCAUUUGUGAGAGAUCGUGAGAAAGAGAUCAUGCAAAAUGGUGGACAUCAGAAAGCGAUGCUGGUUAAGAUGGAGACCACAGAUCACCUUGCGCCACUGCAACAUGCCUCAAGCGAGAUCGACACUAUUGACACAAUUCUCACUCGCGGAGGAUACGACGCCGUAAUCCAUGACCGCCCAGUCCGAAAAGAGGCACUCAUGGGCCUAUUAAACUCACAGGUCGCCCACUUCGCCUGCCACGGCGAAGUGGACAACUUAAACCCAGCGCGCAGUGGUCUCCUCCUUCGAGACUGGUACACCCAAGAUGCAAAUGGCGAAAUCAUGAGAGGAAACGUCCUCGACGUUCAAAGCAUGAUGUCAGCGCCAAAGAAGCUAAACUGCUCUCUCAUCUAUGUAUCAGCAUGUGAGACGGCUAUCACAGGUGACCCAAUGCUCCCUCAGGAAUCAAUCCAUCUUGCCGCCGGGUUUCAAAUGGCUGGUGUACCCUGUGUAGUGGCUAGUUUGUGGAAAGCCGAGGAUGAAACUUGCGGUCUUGUCUCCAAGGUCUUUUAUGGUGAUUUACUGAAAGAAGGUCCAGGUGUUACAGGAGAUCGGUCUGCGAGGGCGUUGAGACUAGCUGUUCUGGAACAGCGACAAGCUGGGAUUGAUCCGAGAUUCUGGGCAACUUGGGUUCAUUAUGGUCCUUGAACGUUAUCUUGAGUAGAAUCUGAUUGGUAUCUGAUACAUCAGCUAUCAGGUUAACCAACUCAAAAUAGCACUUUCAAAAACAUACGUCAGGCAGCAUGCCAACUUACCCACAUAACAGCCCAAGAUAAGCUGAAACCUCAUCACAU